AUGCCGACGCCAGAGCCAGACCACGCCUUCGCAGCUGGCAUCCUCCUCCUCGCCGUCUUGGUUGUUGUGGGCGCCGGCCAUGCUGCAACGGAGUCCGAGGCUGAUGCGCUCCUGGCCUGGAAGGCCAGCCUCGACGAGCCAACCCCCACCACUAUGAGCUCCUGGAACAAGACCGCGCCAGUCUGCUCCUGGCUCGGCGUGUCAUGCAAUGCCGCUGGCCUCGUCGAAUCGCUCAGGCUCCGGGGGCUAGACCUUGGCGGAACGCUCAACGAGCUCAACGCCACAGCACUUCCGGCACUCACCACGCUCGACCUCAAUGGGAACAACUUCGUCGGCGCCAUCCCGGCAAGCCUUUCAAGGCUGCGCUCCCUCGCUGAGCUCGACCUCGGCAGCAACGGCUUCAAUGGCUCCAUCCCGCCGCAGCUGGGCGGCCUCUCUAGCCUCGUUGGCCUGCGUCUUUACAACAAUAACCUCGUCGGAGACAUCCCGCACCAGCUCACCAUGCUCCCUAGGAUCGUGCAUUUCGACCUGGGCGCCAACUUCCUCACCAACCCGAAGGACUACCUCAGGUUCUCACCGAUGCCCACCGUCACCUUCAUGUCACUCUACCUCAACUACCUCACCGGCAGCUUCCCGGAGUUUAUCCUCGAGAGCAGUGACGUCACCUACCUCGACCUGUCGCAGAACAAUGUCUCCGGACCGAUACCGUACUCACUGCCAGAGAAGCUUCCCAACCUCAAGUACCUCAACUUGUCCGUCAAUGCCUUCUCCGGCCAGAUACCGGCGUCUCUGUCCAAGCUGGGGAAUCUCCAGGACCUGCGGAUUGUAGCCAAUAACCUGACAGGUGGCAUCCCUGAUUUCCUUGGGUCCAUGUCCCAGCUGAGAGUUCUCGAACUUGGCAGCAACCUACUUGGCGGGGCGAUCCCAUCGGUUCUUGGCCAGCUCCAAAUGCUGCAACGCCUUGACCUGAAGAGCAACGGGUUGGUUUCCACCAUUCCACCACAACUAGGCAACCUUGGCAAUCUCAGUUUCAUGGACCUCUCCAUGAACCAGCUCACCGGUGUCAUGCCACCCGCGUUUGCCGGGAUGCACAAAAUGCGGGAGUUUGGCAUGUCGUCAAACAAACUCACUGGUCAGAUUCCGCCAUCUCUGUUCACGAGUUGGCCGGAGCUCAUAGUGUUCACAGCGUUUGGAAACUCGUUCACUGGGAAGAUCCCAUCGGAGCUCGGCAAGGCAACCAAGCUAGAUAUCUUGUAUCUCUUCAGCAACAACCUAACCGGCUCUAUCCCAGUAGAGCUUGGCGAGUUGGUGAGCCUGAGUCAGCUGGACUUGUCCGUGAACUGGCUCACCGGUCCGAUUCCCAGCUCGUUGGGUAAACUGACACGGCUCAGGAGGCUGGCCCUCUUCUUCAACCUGCUCACCGGAACGAUCCCACCAGAGAUCGGCAACAUGACUGCGUUGGAAGUCUUGGACGUCAACACCAACCAUUUGGAAGGCGAGCUGCCCACCACCAUCACAUCACUCAGGAAUCUCCAAUACCUCGCCCUGUUCGACAACAACUUCAGCGGCCCUGUACCGCCAGACCUUGGGAAGGGGCUGAGCUUGACAGACGCGAGCUUUGCGAACAACAGCUUCUCUGGUGAACUACCACAAAUGUUGUGUGACGGCCUUAUGCUACAGAGCUUCACAGCAAACCACAACAACUUCAGCGGCCAGCUGCCGCCGUGCCUCAAGAACUGCACAGUCCUAGUCCGUGUGAGAUUGGACCAGAACCAAUUCACCGGCGACAUCUCCGAGGUGUUCGGUGUCCAUCCCAGCUUGGACUUCUUGGAUGUCUCGGGGAAUCAGCUGACAGGCCAGCUGUCCCAUGAUUGGUCACAGUGCACCUAUCUAACAAUUCUAUCCAUUAACAACAAUCACCUCUCUGGAAACAUCCCUGCAGCCUUGUGCGGACUGACCUCCCUCCAGUUACUGGAUCUAUCAAAUAACCACUUCAUUGGUGAGCUCCCAAGUUGCUGGUGGAAACUAAAAGCACUGGUAUUUAUGGAUGUGUCCAGCAAUAUAUUUUGGGGUAAAUUUCCUGCCUCAACGAGCUUGGACGAAUUCCCCCUCCAAUCACUUCAUCUUGGUAACAAUAGUUUUUCUGGGGAUUUCCCAUCUGUCAUUGAGACCUGUUGUAGAAAGCUCAUCACACUAGAUCUUGGGAACAACAUGUUCUUCGGUUCUAUUCCUACUUGGAUUGGAGCAAGUGUCCCUCUUCUAAGAGUUCUGAGCCUCCCAUCCAACAGUUUCAGUGGUGUCGUUCCGUCUGAGAUAUCCCAACUGUCUAAUCUGCAAGUACUUGACAUGUCCAACAAUAACUUUACUGGAUUCAUCCCAGGUACAUUCCGCAACUUAUUGUCCAUGAUGAAACAAAUGUCCCCUUGGACAGUAGAAUCUUCUGAAAGGCAUGAUGUUGUCCAACUGAGCCGGAUUUCCAUAUUUUCUCGGAGGACCGAGCCCCCCAAUAACCGGUCACCACUGAAUGAGUACCGAGACAGAGUUAAUAUUUUCUGGAAGGGCCGCGAGCAAACUUUUCAAAAAACAAUCGAGCUAAUGACAGGCAUCGAUUUAUCAAGCAAUCUACUUGCCGGGGAUAUUCCAGAGGAGCUAACAUACCUUCAAGGUCUCCGAUUCUUGAACUUAUCCAGAAAUCAUCUAUCAGGCAAUAUUCCAGCAAGCAUUGGCAGUUUAGAGCUCCUGGAGUUCCUUGACCUCUCAUGGAAUGAACUAUCAGGUGCUAUCCCUCCCAGCAUCUCAAAUUUGCCCUACCUCGGCAUGUUAAAUCUCUCCAACAACCACUUAACGGGCACCAUACCCACCGGGAGUCAGCUACAGACACUUGUAGACCCAUCGAUUUAUGGCAACAAUCUGGGGCUUUGUGGCUUCCCGUUGAGCACACAUUGUUUGGAUGAAAGAAGUCAAGACCACAGACGACCUGGAAGUGAUGUGGGAUUGUGUUACUCUGUAAUUCUCGGUGUUGUUUUUGGCUUUUGGCUUUGGUUUGGAGCUCUGUUUUUCCUUGAGCCAUGGAGAGUUUCCUUCUCCCAUUUUCUUGAUAAGUUGUGCAGUAAGUAA